CCCAUCCGGGUCGAGGAGGCCAAGGCCAUGGCCGAGACGGAGGAGCGGAGCCUGGACAACUUCUUAGCCAAGAGGGACAACAAGAAGAAGAAGGAGCGAAGCAACCGGGCAGCGAGUGCCGCGGGCGCCACGGGUGCCGCUGGCGGGAGCAGCGGAGCCGCCGGCGCGGCGGGCAGUGGGGCGGGCGUGGGGGCCCGGCCGGGCGACGGCGGGACCGCGGGGGCCGUGGGCCCUGGGGCCGCCACCAAGGCCGUGACGAAGAAUGAAGAUGAGUGGAAAGAAUUUGAGCAGAAAGAGGUGGAUUACAGCGGCCUCAGAGUUCAGGCAAUGCAAAUAAGUGAAAAGGAAGAAGAUGAUAGGGAAAAAAGAGAAGAUCCUGGUGAUAAUUGGGAAGAAGGCGGAGGUGGUGGUGGUGGUGUAGAAAAAUCUUCAGGUCCCUGGAAUAAAACAGCUCCGGUACAAGCACCUCCUGCUCCAGUAAUUGUUACAGAAACCCCAGAACCGGCAAUGACUAGUGGUGUGUAUAGGCCUCCUGGAGCCAGGUUAACCACAAUAAGGAAAACACCACAAGGACCACCAGAAAUAUACAGUGAUACACAGUUCCCAUCCCUGCAGUCCACUGCCAAGCAUGUAGAAAGCCGAAAGGAUAAAGAAAUGGAGAAGAGCUUUGAAGUAGUAAGACACAAAACUAGAGGUAACUAGACCACCGCUAACCACCAUGAACAGCCAUUCUUCAUCUGAUCUCUGCUGGACCGACAGCAACCGAUGCAGACCCCUCGAUAUAAGUGACCGGCCCUAUCGCACUAUGGAAGUUUCAAGUGUCACAACUGCUCUGUGUAUAUUGAAUUUAGGAGGAUUUUCAUUAUUAUAAAUGUGUGAACUAGAUUCAGCAGUGUUCUCUCAUAAUAAUUACUCUGCAAAUACAAAAAACCCCCACAAAAACAAAACACAAACCCACAAAAAACGGCAGCCAGUGGUCAUUUCAAAAUCUUUUUAUGUUCAGAUUCUGAGCCUUUGUAAGGUUUACUACCUCAGAUAUGCUGUACUCAUGUGGAUCACAACUUGUGGAUUAGAACGUUACAGCUCUUAAGUGGCGAUAUGGAACUUACAACCAGCUCUACUGGAUUCCUAUCAGAAAUCCUGCAGAGAGUCAGCGUCUGGGUUCUGAUCUGCUGUAAAAGAUGAAGAUUUAAGUGACCUUAACUAACCUGUCCUGUGCCCCACCCUCCGGGAAUG